CCCCUUCAGCCACUCCGAGGCCCCCGCCGCGGGCCCUCAAUCGAUGAUUGGAGAAGAGCAAUGGGGGCGGUGCUUGGAGGAGGGCCUUCCGCGCCUUGGAGCAACGUCAGCACGUCGGCGCGGGGGUUUUCUCUGGUCGGGUCCCGCUAACUCUGCCCAGUUUAUCUGCGCCUCUGUCCCCGCGGUCCCUGGGCGGGGACGGCAGUCGUUGUCCGCUCGCGGACCGACGCGGUUAGCAGGGCGUGGUGUUCGGACCGGCCGCCUUGCCCGCUCUCCCGGUUUUUCCUCGGGGCCUAUCCGCCUUAGGGGCGCCUCCGAGAGGCGGAGGCCCCCGGGACUCGGCCCGAGGAAUCCAGGGGCCCACCCCCGCUCUGGGAUCGGAUGGGAGGUGGCGGGAGGAGCGACCUGGCAUGUUCAGUCUGAUGGCCAAUUGUUGCAGCUGGUUCAAGCGGUGGCGGGAGCCGGUCAGAAAGGUGACACUUGUGAUGGUGGGACUUGAUAAUGCUGGCAAAACAGCAACGGCAAAGGGAAUCCAAGGAGAGCACCCUGAAGAUGUAGCUCCUACUGUUGGAUUUUCCAAAAUUGACCUUAGACAAGGAAAAUUUGAAGUUACCAUCUUUGACUUGGGAGGAGGAAAAAGAAUUCGGGGAAUCUGGAAGAAUUACUAUGCUGAAUCCUAUGGAGUAAUAUUUGUUGUGGAUUCCAGUGAUGAAGAGAGAAUGGAAGAGACAAAAGAGACAAUGUCAGAAGUUCUAAGACAUCCAAGAAUAUCAGGAAAGCCUGUAUUGGUGUUAGCAAAUAAACAAGACAAAGAAGGGGCUUUAGGAGAAGCUGAUGUGAUUGAAUGUCUGUCUCUGGAAAAAUUGGUCAAUGAGCACAAGUGCCUAUGUCAGAUAGAACCUUGUUCAGCAGUCUUGGGAUAUGGAAAGAAAAUUGACAAGUCCAUUAAAAAGGGCCUUUAUUGGCUGCUACAUAUUAUUGCAAGAGACUUUGAGGCCUUAAAUGAACGUAUCCAAAAAGAUACAACAGAGCAGCGUGCUCUUGAGGAACAAGAGAAACGCGAAAGGGCUGAACGAGUGCGAAAAUUACAAGAAGAAAGAAAACAAAGAGAAGAGCAGGCUGAACUCGAUGGAACCAGUGAUAUGGCUGAGUUGGACCCAGAACCAAUGAAUCCUUUCCAGCCGAUAGCGUCUGUAAUCAUUGAGAAUGAAAAAAAAAUGGAAAAAGAGAAAAAGAAGCAAAAGAUGGAGAAAGUCAGUGAUGGCUGCCACCUGAAACAUAAAAUGGAGCAUGAGCAAAUAGAGCCAGAGAGCAAGAUUAGUGACAAUGGCCAAAAAAGCAAUGAAUCUGGACUAGUAGAAAAUUAUAAGAAGCAGUUGGAGAAUGAAGAUGAGACAGACCAGCGAUCAUCAGAAUCAGAUAACGGUAAAAAGAAAACUAAGAAACUAAGAAUGAAAAGGAGUCACCGGGUAGAGCCAGUUAAUACAGAUGACUCUGCUCCUAAAAGUCCAACGCCACCCCCACCUCCUCCUCCUAUUGGCUGGGGAACCCCUAAAGUCACUAGACUUCCAAAACUUGAGCCUCUUGGUGAAACACGUCAUAAUGAUUUCUAUGGGAAGCCGCUGCCUCCCCUGGCUGUGCGACAGAGACCCAACGGUGAUGUUCAUGACGUGAUCUCAUAGCCAAGUCUUGUGGAUGAGCUCUCUUAAUAUCAGCAAGGUGAAGUGGGACGUUCUUUUUUCUCAAAAGAAGAAAAACCCUGAACAUUGUUGACUGGGGCAAGAUAACCGUAGUGAUUUCAGUAAGAAGAUGAAUAGUUAAGGAUCUCACUUGAUAAUUACUGAUGUUCUUCACAGUUAAAAAGAAAGAAAGAAAAAUGGCCAGUUGAUGGGAUGAACAUUUGGACCAAGUUAGAAAGAUUUAGUGUUGUCUCUUUGGUGUGCACAUCCCCACUCAUGAGCAUAUUCCUGAAGGAAAACUUUUUCAGAGAAAGAGCCAAUGGACUCUGUAUACUUUCUUUACUAUUUGUUUUAAUAGUCUGUAUUUCUAUAUAUUAAACAUUUUUUGUAAAAUACAUGCACAUGGAAGGGGAACUUCUGGGAUUUAUAACCUAAAUUUUUAACUAUUUUUAUAUUUUUCUAAAACUUUUAAGAAUUGUAAUUACUAUGAUAUUGAUUGUGCACUUUUCUAUAGAUGCUCUGCUUAAAUUGUGUCUGGAAAGUAGAGUUGAUUUACUUGAUAGACAUGAACUAUAAAAACAGGAUAUAUUUAUAUGACUUCAGGUAUGUUUUUUAAUAACAUUGUUCUUCAAGUGUAUGUCCUAAUUUGUCCUAAUUUAAAAAUAAUACCUUUUAAAACAGUAGAUUCUCAGAUCUUUAGUCUAACAUAUGUGCUUUGAAAGUAAUACCCAAGGAGAAAGUUCAUUUUGUUGUUUGUUUUCUUUGGUGAUGAUCUUAAUAAAUGAAAGACUUGAAAUACCAUUUUUACCUAAAUGCUUUUUAAAUUAAUCAAAAUAUAUUCUGUGAGAUAUUAUUAAAAGUUUCAAUAAACCCAUAUUUUAAAGAUUACUUUCAGAGAUCAAGGUGCUCCCUUGUUCUGACAGAAGCAGUAGUGACUUUUUUAGGUUAUUGUAAUGCGAAAGCAUUACAUAAUGCCUUGAAAUUAAAGGCACAAAGACCACAAAAGUUAAUGCAGGUCCAAAGACUUGUGUUUUACAACGAGGGAAAUAGCUUGAUACUAAAGCAAUACGAGUAAAAAUAUUGGUUCAGAAUUACUUUUGUAAAUAAAUAAUUCCAAAAUAGUUUCUCAAUUUAGAAAGAUAACACUUCUCUUGCACUUAAGCAUGGCAUUCAUAAGAUUCUCUAUUCAUCUGGCAUUAGACAAACUUUUGGAUUUAUAUUUGGAAUAAUAGAUUCAUAAUGUUGCAUUUAAUUGAAAACAUAUCUUUAUAUCAAGGUGAGAACCCUAUAAAUGGAAUGAUUUCUAUAUCACCUUGUUAAGAUUGGUGCUUCUGGUAACUUGUACUGACAAUAGACAUAUACUGGUAUUUGAUAAUAACAUUAAGAAGUACAUUUAAUGCAAUUUAUUAUGAUUAUUAUUUACUUUUAAAGUUUUAUUUCAGAGCAUUAUAUUCAUAUUUUUAACUCACUGAACUUUCAUUAAUCAGGUCACUUAUUCCUGUAGUCAGCACCAUAUAGUUUGUUGGAGUUUGUACAUGGGACCUACCUACCACAUUGAGGGAGUAAAAAGCAUUCUACUUCAGAUAUAAAAUUCACAACAACAUAAAUUUGAUAGGUGGCUGAAAUGUGAUGAAAAGCAACACAAGAAGACAGUAUGUGAAUUUUUUAUUGGAUUUUGGAGGGAAAAUUGAACAACUUUUUGGUUCCUUUUGUAAUAUUUACAUUUAUUCAAUUUUUAAACAAAACUCAUAUUUUUGACAUCUUUUUAAUAUUUAUCUAGUUUGAGAAUAUACAUGUUUUUAAGAUUUGUAUUUCGUAUCAGUGUUUACUGUAGUGUAUUUACUGACUCCAUUUAAUAAAAACAAAUAAAAAUGAUUUUGAAAUUAAAUAUAUUAUAAAAUGGAA